ACUCCACCAAAAGUGGCGUACCACUGUGACAUAGUUCGCCGGAGUCAUCCUAUCUGCAGUGAGAUUGUCGAACAAUGAACACUGACGCUGGAGAGCGUCCUUCUCGUCGUUCUCUUCUUUCAUGGCGUCUGUCUGCGUCGAACGAUCCCUACGUUUUCUUCUGAAUCCCCUUCGCUAUGGCCUCCUCGGAGGCAGGUAUCCGUUAUCUCCUGUCCGUCGCUUCCUUUUCUUUCCCUUUACUUGGUUUUCAACUUCAGAAUUUGCCCAUAAUGGCUCGAAACCAUCUGCAAAAAUCGCAGAGCAAUUUGUACUUGGGCAACUCUCUGAAUUGCUCCCAAUAGAUCCUGGAAUUUCGAGGCCAGGCGAAAUUUCCGCGAAAUUGGUGGGAACAGCUCGUGUCGAGUCUGCCUUGGCGGCUACCGGAGUGGAAGUGACGGAGAAAAUAGUGAAGGAGGUCGUUAAUAAGGGUAACUUGAGUGGGCAAGCGAUGGUUUUGUUCUUCCGGUGGGCCGUGAAGCAACCUCCCUUUCCGAAAGAUUUGAGGAGUUACAACAUUGUUCUCAAGGCACUGGGAAGAAAAGGGUUCCUGAAUCAGAUGGAAGAGUUGACUGAUGAAUUGAAGAAAAAUGGGCUUUGCCCUGGUUCGGAAACGUUGUCAAUCGUGAUUGAUAGCUACGUUAGGGCACGCCGAGUGUCGAAGGCGGUCCAAUUCAUUGAAUGUUUAGAGGAAUUUGGGUUGAGCUGCGAUUGUCAACAUUUUAAUAUUCUUUUAGAGUGUUUGUGCCUGAGGUCUCAUGCUAGAAUGGCAGAUUCACUUGUUAGAGCUAUGCAGGGGAAGGUAUCAUGUGAUAAGAUCACAUACAAUAUACUGAUUGCUGGUUGGGCAAGACUAGGGAGAGUGAAGGAAAUAGAAAGGAGUUGGAAUGAAAUGGUGAACAAUGGAUUUAAACCUGAACCAUCGACGUUCAGCUACCUUAUAGAAGGGUUGGGUAGAUCAGGAAGAGUUCAGGAGUCCGUUGAUGUCUUUCACUCGAUGGAGGAUAAAGGGUGCAAUAAGACCACUUUGAAUUACAAUGCACUUAUUUAUAAUUUUGCAGCAGUAGGGGCUUUGGAUGAGUGCCUGAAAUACUACCAUGAGAUGUUGCAAAAAGACUGUUGCCCACCCAAUGAAGACACUUAUGCAAAAUUGAUUUCCUCCUUCCUGAAAGCCAGGAGGGUGGCUGAUGCAAUUGAACUGUUUGACGCUAUGCUGGGUCGGGGUAUUGCUCCAAGUACUGGAACGGUGACAUCAUUUAUGGAGCCACUCUGUAGUUUUGGCCCUCCUCAUGCUGCUCUUCUCAUUUACGAUAAGUCAAAGGGCGCUGGAUGUGAAAUUUCAAUAAAAACUUAUAAGCUGCUACUCAGGAGGUUAGCUAGGUUUGGGAAAUGUGGGAUAAUGAUGAGAAUCUGGGAGGAGAUGAUAGAAUCAGGAAAGUCUUCAGAUGUUGAGGUGUAUGAGUACCUUGUAAAUGGGUUUUGCAAUAUUGGGCAGCUAGAAAAUGCUGUACAUGUCAUGGAGGAGUCACUAAGUAAAGGGUUUUGUCCAAAUAAGGUGAUUUAUAGCAAGCUAAAUAACAAGCUACUGAAUGCUUGUAAGGUAGAGAUUGCAUACAGGCUUUUCUUGAAAAUGAAGCGUGCUCGCAGUUUUGAAAAUGCUAGAAAGUUUUGGCGCUCAAAUGGUUGGCAUUUCUGAGGCUGAGUUUCUUCCAGUGGCUCUUGCCGCAGUGGGUUACAGAACUAUCUCUUCCACCAGAUUGGCCGUAGUAAAUUCAAGAUAACAUACGGUUCAACUCUGGAUGCUCUUUCAUAACAAUUGAGAGAAUUUGGGAUCAUUGUUAAAAGGUAUCAAAUCUUAAUUUUGAGGAAUUGUUGAUGCCUCAAUUCACUGAGCAUGGUUUCAAGAGGACAGCUUACCUGUUGUGUAUGGUAACAAGUAAGAACAUAUUGAAGUUGAAACAGGCUUCAGUUGGAUGAAGUUGAAACAGGCUUCAGUUGGAUAUCAAAGGCUUCAUUACUCGCAAAUAUCACACUCAUGGAAAACUUUUUUGUGAUUCAGUUUAGAUUUUUAUGAUGAAAAAGAUUUUGGACAUUUGCCUGUAUAUUUAAUAAUUGAACGGAAGACUCUGGUCAUGGAACUUUUGCCCCUGCAGAACAUGAGAAAGGUGCCUAAGGACAAGUGGAGACAUUGUGACCAUGUUUUUUUGAAUUGACCACAACUUUUACGAAGCUUUUUUUUCUUUAUAACCUGCUUCCUUUAAGUUAAAUUUGAAAUAAAGAAUAUAAUUGAUUUUGCUGA